AGAGACGCUGGAGGCGGGUGCGUGUAUGGUGUAGCUCACUCUUGAAUGUGUUGUUAGUUAUUUAGUUUGUUUUUAAUCUUUCUCUUUUACCGUGAGCCGGGGGACCCCUCCUGAUUUCACAGGUUAACAGCUAUGGACAUGCCGCCACCUCCUGAAGAUCAAGAGCUGAGGAAUGUGAUUGACAAGCUUGCUCAAUUUGUGGCUCGAAAUGGACCAGAAUUCGAGAAGAUGACUAUGGAGAAACAGAAAGAAAACCCAAAGUUUUCCUUCCUGUUUGGUGGAGAUUUCUUCGGUUACUACAAAUACAAACUUGCUGUGGAACAACAGCAGUUGCUGUGUAAGCAACAAGGACAGGACACUCCAGAUCCCCAGCCCUCAUUACAGAACCUCCCACCACCUCCUCCACCAAUCCCACCAAACACCCCUUCAGUGGAUGAACUUAUCCAGCAAAGUCAAUGGAACCUGCAGCAGCAGGAGCAGCAUCUGCAUACACUUCGGCAGGAGCAAGUUACUGCAGCCAUUAUGCAUGCCAUGGAGCAACAAACAAAGAAGCUGUUAACAGAAACUCAGCUGGACGUGAACGAAUUUGACAACCUGCUGCAGCCCAUCAUAGACACCUGUACAAAGGAUGCCAUCUCGGCUGGAAAGAACUGGAUGUUUAACAAUGCCAAAACAUCUCAGCACUGUGAAUUAAUGGCUGAACAUUUGCGCAAUCGCAUCACAGCUGAUGGUGCUCACUUUGAGCUCAGGCUGCACCUGAUUUAUCUCAUCAAUGAUGUCCUGCACCACUGUCAGAGAAAGCAGCAACGGGACCUGCUGACAGCUCUACAAAAGGUGGUAGUGCCCAUUUACUGUACAAGUUUUCUUGCUGUAGAGGAGGACAAACAACAAAAAAUUGCCAGACUUCUACAACUCUGGGAAAAGAACGGUUAUUUUGAUGAGCAAAUAAUCCAGCAGUUGCAAAGUCCAGCCCUUGGCCUUGGACAGUACCAGGCGUCUUUAAUUACAGAAUAUGCUGCUGUUGUACAACCUGUCCAGUUAGCAUUUCAGCAGGAGAUUCAGACUCUGAAAACCCAACAUGACGAGUUUGUCAGUACUUUAAAACAGCAGCAGCAACAGCAGCAAGCAGCUGCUCAGCUGGCAGCUGUAGAAGCUGAAGUGAAGCAAGCCCCACCCCCAGUGACACCCACAGCCCCUCCUCCAGCAAAUCUAGUGGAGCCUAAGACAACCCUGGCACCUCCUCCAGCUGCAGAUUAUGAUACACCUCCACCUGUUGCACAGGAUCCUGUUCCACCCACAGCCGCUGCUGCAACCAGAGUGCCAAAUGAUCCCAUUCCACCUUCAAAGCCCACUUGGUUUGAACCUCAGCAUACUCCAGCUUGGAACCAGCAACAGCAGCCAUUUGAGCAGCCACCCUUCCCACCUCCUCAGGGGCCACCUCCAUGCCCACCGUGGAACAGCCACGAGGGGAUGUGGAAUGAACAGCGGGAUCCAAAUCCAAACUGGAAUAACCAACGGGAAGCAGCACCUUGGAACAAUCCACCCGAGCCCAACUGGAACAACCAAUUUGAAGGACCUUGGAACAAUCAAGCUGAGCAGCCACCAUGGGGACAGAGGGAACCUCCUUUCCGAAUGCAGCGGCCUCCUCAUUUCCGAGGUCCGUUUCCACCACACCAGCAACCCCCGCAGUUUACCCAGCCUCCUCAUCCACAUAAUUUUAACCGCUUCCCGCCACGAUUCAUGCAAGAUGAUUUCCCACCCCGCCAUCACUUUGAUCGGCCACCGUAUCCACCUCAUCGCUUUGACUAUCCACAGGGGGACUUUCCUGGAGAUAUGGGCCCUCCUCAUCAUCAUCCUGGCCAUCGAAUACCACCACCAGGAAUGGAAAACCACCCACCUUGGGCAGGGCCACAACAUCCAGAUUUUGGGCCACCCCCCCAUGGCUUUAAUGGACAGCCUCCUCAUCUGAGACGGCAGGGCCCUUCUCACAUGAAUCAUGAUGAUCCCAGCUUGGUGCCCAAUGUGCCCUACUUUGACCUGCCUGCAGGGCUUAUGGCCCCUCUUGUCAAGCUUGAGGACCAUGACUACAAGCCUUUGGACCCUAAGGAUAUUCGCCUUCCACCACCAAUGCCCCCCAGUGACCGGCUGCUUGCUGCUGUUGAGGCUUUUUACAGCCCACCUUCUCAUGACAGACCAAGAAACAGUGAGGGAUGGGAACAGAAUGGCCUGUAUGAAUUCUUCAGAGCAAAAAUGAGAGCAAGACAGAAGAAGUCUCAAGAUAAACGAAACAGUUCCCGUGGCAGUCCCUCCUGCAGCCGUUCCAGAAGUCGGGGCAGGUCCUCAUCUCGCUCCAGCUCCCAUUCCUCCAAGUCUUCACGUUCUUCCUCCAGAUCCCGUUCCAGAUCACAUUCACGCUCCAGGUCAUACUCACGGUCACAUUCCAGGAGUCAAUCCCAGUCAUCACGCAGCAGGUCACGCUCCAGAUCAAGGUCUCGGUCUCGCUCAUACACUCCAGAAAAGAGGAGGAGGUCAAAGUCUCGUAGCCCAACACCCCCAUCCACAUCUGGACUUGGCACCGUUCCUCCUCCAAUAAUACCAGAUCAGAGGCUGGGAGAAGAGAAUAAGGGUCACCAAAUGCUAAUGAAAAUGGGCUGGAGUGGAUCUGGUGGUCUUGGCCUCAAGGAGCAAGGAAUUCAGGAUCCCAUUAAAGGAGGGGACGUACGUGACAAGUGGGACAAGUACAAAGGUGUGGGUGUCUCUCUGGAUGAUCCAUAUGAGAAUUACAGGAGGAACAAAAGCUACUCGUUUAUUGCACGCAUGAAAGCAAGGGAUGAAGUUAAACCGGACCCGCAAGAACAAGCAGAACAGGAGUAGCCACUCCCAUCACAUCAGGUUCUGCCGUGUCUUUGUGUUGUCUUUUUUUUUUUUCUGAGAUACUCUCUACUCUUUUAUUACAGAAAACAAUCAUUCUUAAAAUCAUUCUUACUUUCAAGUUUCUCAGCUUCAUUUUCAUGCAAUGUGCAGAACUAUUUCCUGUCGUAUAAACUGGACUUUACUGCCCAGACAUCUUUUACUUUAAAAUAAGUUGGGAGGAUUUUGAAAAACUGUUUCUUCUGAAAAUUCAUACCACCAGAGCAGCUUUUUUUUUAAUGCUGGAAAGUACAACCAUCUAUUUAUCGAGUAUAUAUGGUAAUAUGAUAAAUAUGAAGAGUUUUGUAGUUUUUAAACAAAAGCAGAUGUCACCAUCUUGAUUUGAGCUAUAGAGAUACUUUGUUUUUUAUUAUUAUUUUUUUUAAGCCAUUAAUUGAGCUUACAUUGUAAAUUGUUGAUAGGUCUCUCAGUGUUACAUUUGUGUUACCAAUAAAACUUCAUUAUGUUAAAUUGU